GGCUGGGCGCGAGGGAGUCCCCGGCAGGAGCAGCUUCCCCGCCUCGCAGUCCGAAAAUCCCGCCAGGGCAGGCGCCGAGCAGGGGAAGACCCAGAGGCGAGAGGGGGGAGGCCGGAGCCCCGCGAGUCCCCGGCCCGCAGGAAGGCAGCAGCCGCCGCGGCGCGAGCAACCACCGGCCACCUGGCCCCCGAGCGGAAACCUCGCCCCUGGCAACAAAGGCAGCCGCGCGCCCGCCGCACGUUUGCAACUCAAAAAUGCAGUCCCAACAGUACCUGCAGCAGCGUCAAAAGUUUACGGCAGCCAUCCUGGCAUUCAUUUUCAUUUUGGCAGCGGUGGACACUGCUGAAGCAGGGAAGAAAGAGAAGCCAGAAAAAAAAGUGAAGAAGUCUGACUGUGGAGAAUGGCAGUGGAGCGUGUGUGUGCCCAGCAGUGGGGAUUGCGGGCUAGGCACCCGGGAGGGUACCCGGACUGGAGCUGAGUGCAAACAAACCAUGAAGACCCAGAGGUGUAAGAUCCCUUGCAACUGGAAAAAGCAAUUUGGAGCCGAGUGCAAAUACCAGUUCCAGGCCUGGGGAGAAUGUGACCUCAACACUGCCUUGAAGACCAGAACUGGAAGUCUGAAGCGAGCCCUCCACAACGCCGACUGCCAGAAGACAGUCACCAUUUCCAAGCCCUGCGGCAAACUGACGAAGCCCAAACCUCAAGAAUCUAAGAAGAAGAAAAAGGAAGGCAAGAAACAGGAGAAGAUGCUGGACUGAGAUGCCACCUUCUGUGGAACAUGAAUAGAUGUCAGCAAACAGGAUCAGUUAACCAUUGCAUUUAUACCUACCGUAGGCUUUUUAUUCAAAAUUUAUCUAUAGCUUAAGUAUACAAUAGGCAGAAACAAAAAGGAAAGAAAUUUUUUGUAGUAGCAUUUUUAAAAUGUAUACCAUAGUACCAGUAGGGGCUUAUAAUAAAGGACUGUAAUCCUAUUAGAAAGUUGACUUAUAGUACAGGAUAAAUGAUAGGAAAUUGAGGUAAGUUUUUUGAAGUUAUGUGAUAUUUUACACUUAAAAUUUUUUUACACUUUUUUUUUCUUUUGGCAACAAUUUAAAUGUUAUGGCCAUGUAAACUACUUCUCUCAUUAGGCAUUUUUUUCACCUAGACUUUUUUUCCCAAUUGAGAAAAAUAGAUACUAAACAAAGCAGCAAUAAAAUAUAAUCAUCCUAUUUGAAGAAAAUAUCUUAUUUUCUGCCAAUUGAUUUUUUUAAAAAAUCAAAAUGGAUUGAGGGGGCAGAGCAUGCCUUAUUUCAAUGUUGACUUUAAAAAAAAAGAAAAAAGAAAAGCAUUAAUACAUGAAAUUCUUUCAUUUUGGCAGAAACAUUUGUUUUCUUGAUGAAAUUAUUUUUCCAUCUGAGGAAAAAAAAGACUAGGAAAAUAAAUCAAGGUAAUGCUGAAUAAAAGGUGCUUUUGCGUGCAAUAAUUUGAUAUUGUAACCCUCUUUCCUUUGUCUCCCACUCCCCCCAAGUCAACCUGUUAGCAGUGAGAUUUUAUCAUACAAACUAACUGAAUCACUCUUGGGCACAAAUGUUAUAGAGGUUUUAAACAGAUGUAGAUGUAGACAUAGCUGUAUAUCUGUAUCGGUAUAUUUUUAACUUUGAAUCAGUAUUUAGUAAGUUAGACUGGUGCUACUGAAUUGAACAGAAGUCCCAAAGUAGUCUAAGGUUUUGUGGAACAGAAAAUCGCUCUUCUUAUGUUGAAUCAGUUUGAGUGUGCACCGUCCAAAUCAGGAACAGAGUAACACAAUGCAAAAUGGUAGUUUGCCCUUGGUAUCUAUAAACCAAGAAUUCCUACCCUAUUAUCUACCGUAUGACCGCUAAGGACUCUGUACAACUUCCUUUUCUGCUGGGCUCUAAGCACAGUCUUUAAGUAAACAAGUCUAUGCUCCUAUUAUUCAGAGAAAUAACAUCUCAGAAACCAACUGGGAUUGGAUUAGCUUCAAAGUAUUUCUCUUGAAAAAGUCCUCUCUAAUUUUACAGUGAUAAGACUUAAUAAACAAACAUAUAUAUGCCAUUUUCAGAGAUAACAGUUUCAGCAUACCUUGGCUAGCCAGAAAAUAAUUACAAACUGGUCUAAA